CAGCAGCACCAUUACUUCCGGUGUAAUUAUUCUCACAUUGGUUGAGCACGUUCGACGUUUUUGUUUAUAAAUGUAACUAUCACUUGGUUCGUUGUUGCUGCUAUUGAGUAAUGUACAUUUGAUUUAGACCCCGUACACGUCGUCGUCGUCAUAAGAAGAUCCUACGUAAUGCAGCGAUGCCGCGGUGUUUACAUCAGUUUAUGUCGACGAUCAGCUGACCUCCAAAAACAUGGCUUCUUCAGAUGGGCCAGUGUGAAAUCCACUUCUCUUGUCGUUGUCUCAACCAACAAACAUCAUUAUUAUUGUUGUGCUGCGUCAUCAAAAUGCCAGUACAUAUUAAGGCACAGUUAUACUACAAGACCAGCUGUGGUAGACGCACAUAUUACAAAAUGUGUUCAAGGUACUGAAAGCUUUGGACCAGAAGAAAGUUCACAACAAAUUACGUUGGACCCUAGCGACAAACCUUCUGACGUGAAUUCAAAUGCUGUUGCCCUGACACAAACUGUAAUUGAAGACCAGCUCAAGAAGGAUCAUGCAAUAUCCCUUCACUUCAGAAAGUCAGAUUUGAUUUUAAAUGUUGAAAACAAGAAAUUGUCAAACUUUAGCCUCUUCCUCCCAAGUGAGAAAGAGGUCUACCACAUCGCAAAUGAUGAUGAUGCAAAGUCUCGGUUGUCAGAACCGUAUCCCACAACCGUGGAGGACAUUCCCAAAUCUCGACAAAUGGAAGGCGAGGAACCUGCACCAUCCAGCAACAUUGAAUCAAUAGAAGAACAUUUGUGGAGAGAAUGUCGUCUAGAUUUGCGCAAACUGCCACAGUUAUAUCUUCAACUUUCCAAGAUCAGAUUAACAGGUCUGGUGGUUUUGACCGCAAUGGCUGGAUAUGCCAUUGCACCUGGUGCUUUUGAGCCAACAACAUUCCUGUUUUGUACCCUUGGAACUGGACUCACAUCAUGUGCGGCAAAUUCUAUCAAUCAGUUUUUGGAGGUGCCCUUUGAUGCUCAAAUGAACAGAACAAAGAACAGAGUAUUGGUUCGGAAGUAUAUGAGUGAGCUGCAUGCUGUUUCAUUUGCUACUGCCUGUGGAGUCACGGGACUGACCAUGUUGACUCUGGGGGUAAACAGUAUGACAGCUGCUCUGGGUGCCUUCAAUCUGGUGUUAUACACAAUGGCUUACACCCCUAUGAAGAGAAUGACCUCUGCAAAUACCUGGCUGGGUUCCAUCGUAGGAGCAAUACCACCCAUGAUGGGUUGGGCAGCAAGCACAGGUGGUUUGGAAUCAGGAGCAUGGCUGUUAGCUGCUGUCAUGUAUGCGUGGCAGUUCCCACAUUUCUGUGCCUUGAGCUGGAACCUUCGCCCCGAUUACUCCCGAGCUGGAUUCCAGAUGCUGUCGGUGGUGAACCCGGCGAUGUGUAAACGGGUGGCGCUCCGUUACUGCCUGGUCACAACCGGCGUCUGUCUCCUCUUCCCGGUCUUUGAUGUCACCACGUGGGCUUUCGCAGCCGAUUCUCUCCCCUUGAAUAUGUACCUGACCUACCUAGGCUGGAGGUUCUAUCAAGAUGGCGACAGUAAUUCUUCACGGAAGUUGUUUCGAUUUACGCUGCUGCAUAUUCCAGUUCUGUUGAUUCUGAUGCUCCUCAGCAAGAAAUCUUAUGGAAAAAGAACUAAUGACUUGAAACCUUCAACAGAUCAGCUAGUGGUUCAAAAUGUAUAGUGUAUUAAAAAUUAAAAAUUGUGUGUGUGCCUGUUAUUUUAGUGCGAGUGAUGGAUCAACGGUGACAUUUUACUGUGGUUUUAAAACAAUAAAAUUUGACUGAGACACAGGGCAAGCUUUGGGUCAGAAAUUUUCGCCAAAUUAUCUAUUAAAAUCCAAUAAUUGCAAAAGCCCUGUAAUAUUGUAACAAAAUAUCAAAUAUUCCAUAAAAUUAUUUUGCCAAAUUAAAAUAAAAUUUUCUAAUUGUUUUUGAAAUUCGCAGUUGCCGAAUUUGGCUAGUGUCAGAGCUAGCCCUGGAGACACCUAGUGGUAAAUUUAUAUUGAACUUCAAAAACAUGUUGUGGGUUCACUUCCCCUAUUCCUAGCUGUUGUAAAAAAAACAAAAAAAGAGGAUAAAAUGUUAUACGUUCAUAUUGUUAAUGUUUACUUUUGGGAUGGGUGAGGACGGAUAUAAAGUUAAAUUUUGAAUUGUGUGGAAUGGUGUCCGUAUCGAAGUCUAGAAAGAUGAGUUGUAAAACAUUGUCUCCACAGGAAGUGUGUGCAGUUUGAGUUUUAGUAACACACUGUAGGAAAGAGACUACAUGUACUUGUAUUGCUUAAUUGAAUAAUUCUCAGUCUGGUUUGCAUUCUGGCAAAAAAUAUCAGGUUCCUAAUUGUGAUAUGUGUGUGAAUUUUAAUGAGCUUGACAACCAUAUUCUGUAUAUACGAUAUUUAUGUAUUUUAUAACCAGCUGCAUUGUAAGUGUUUUUAUUAAGUUUUUGUUCCAAGUAAAAUACUGUGUUUACCAUGAGUUUUAACAUAUCUUACUCUAGACGAGUUUAACUGAUGCAAUAUUAUUUUCUAUAUAUAUGUGGAUAGCAGUUUGUUGUGAAAUACCAGAGCUCACCCUGCCCAUUGCCAAAUUAGCCAGCUGCUAAUUUUUAUAAAAAGUGGCUACAGUGUUUAGCAGUUGGCUAAUUUUUGUGUAAAUUAACUCUUCUUUUUAUAAUCAUGUUCACGGAAUUACUGCACAUAAUAAAAAUUUGUUUAAAACUAAAUUCUUUUUUGUGUGAGCCCUGAAAUACCUUACAGGGCCGUAGCUAGAGGGGAGCCCAAAAAAAAAAAUCAGAAAAAAUUAUAGAAACAGAGAAAAUUCUCCUCUUAAUGGUUGAAGGAGUUUUAGACUAUUAACUAGUCAGUUGCCCCCCCCCCCCCCCCCCCCCCCCCCCCAAAACAAAAAAUCCUAGCUACGGCCCUGCCCUAGGAACUAACAACCAUUCACAAAAAACACUGCAUUGCAUUAACGUAAUGUUAUUUAUAGAGAUCAUGGAAACUGGAAAAUCUUAAAAUGCACAGCUUCUACAGUGGAUGACCCGAUGGGUUUCUUCCUGUCAGCAGUAUCACGCAGUGUAUGUAAGGGCUAGGAUUGAGCUCCUUUCGUGGACUAUUUUAGCCAUUUUGUGUUUCAGUACUAUGCUGUCGGUGGGGUGGUGCAUAAAUAAGAUCCCUAGCUGCUAAUUGAAAGGAGUAGUCCAUGGAGUGGUGAAAGCAGGUCUCUUCUCAUCUGUAUGAUCUAUGACCAUAUGUCAAAUGCCAUAUAACCAUAAAUACAAAUGUGUUGAGUACAUCAUUUAAUAAUACAUUUCUUUAUUUUCUUUCAAUUAAUAAAUAUUACUUAUUACUGAAAAUCAAAGUGGGGUUCAUGUUUUAUACUACUACUACUACUACUAGGUCUUACUUAUCUCAAUAUACCUACAAACUUUCCACUGUUCUAUGAUUUACUCUUCUCAUUCGUUGAUGUCAUUAAAAAAAACCUUGAAUGUUUAUCUUUCGAUAAACUUUAGAAAAUUAUGCCGUAUCAUCAAACGGGACAUCAGUGGGUAUGUAAAACAGGUCAUGGAAAGGAGGAUAAAAGCUGAUUUAUGUGUAUUUUUAACUAAAGUUGUUUGUGGUGAUAAUAUAAGAAUUGUUUUGUGGUGGGGUUUUUGCAAAAUUAUUUAGCUAUAACAUUCACAAAUUUAGUUUAAAAUCACUUGGCUACGCAACACAAUUUUAUUCAGUUUUGUGACUGUUAAUGUAUACAUUGAUAAAUUCACACAAACAUGACACACAAUUAUUAUAUGUAAAGCUGCAUUCUCAUUCCACUUGUCACAAAAUCAUUUCUAAAGUACAAACACAAACCUUCCAUGUUAAUUAACUGUUGUGUUUUCAGUAUGAAGAUGUACGGCCCUCUUGAUUCUUUUGUCAUAUUUUGUAAUACUUUUUGACAUUGUUACUGAGAUCAGCAGAGUUAAAAUCUGUGCAGUACUCGGUGGCAUACCUAGGGUAUGGCAGGUAUGGCACAUGCCUUAGACACCACUUGAAAGGGCAGUUUCUAUUAAAGUCGGAUGUUAUCUAAAAGAUGGGUGUCAGUUGUUUGGACAAGAGGAGCAAUUUCAGUGCUUGCCAUAGGUGCUAUUUUCUGUAGAUACGCCAUUGGCAGUAGUAAGUAGCAAGUUAAUACUGUGUUAAGUGGCGUAGGUUAACAACUGCAUUUAAAUGAUACCAAAGAAAAAUAAGGCAGACAUCAGAGGUGUAUUGGGGUGGGGGGCAGGGGCCUGCCCCCCUAAAUUUUGUGACAGUUAUAAUUUUAUUAUAUAUUAAUUUUCAUCCCCCUUGACAUUCCACCUCAUGUCAUUGCCCCCCCCCCCCCCCCCCCUUACGACCCCAAAUGGAUUUUCUGGAUCUGCCACUGGACAUGACAUCUAUUAAUAUUGUUGAGAUUGCAGUUUUAAUAGCAUCAUAAAAAGACUUGAUUUAAUUGUAGUAAGUAACAGUAUGUUGGAUGUAGAAUUGAUGUAUAUUGUGGAAUAAAAUUUUGGAAAUGCCA